GGGGAGGGAGAGGAGGGAGGAGGAGGAGGAGGAGGGAGGGCGCCGGGCUGCGCUGCGCUGCUAGUCUGGAGCGGAGCCUGGCAGCGGCAGCAGGAGCGGCGGCGCGGGGGUGAGGAGCAGCCGGAGCCUGCUGGACGGAGGCAGCCCCGUCCCCCUCCCCUCCCCCUCGCCUCUUUUCUUUGUGCGCAGGGCAGGGGCGGCCCCGAUCCAUGGUCAUGGGCGACAAGAAGAGCCCGACCAGGCCGAAAAGGCAAGCCAAACCUGCAGCCGACGAAGGCUUUUGGGAUUGUAGCGUGUGCACCUUCAGGAACAGCGCUGAAGCCUUCAAAUGCAGCAUCUGCGAUGUCCGGAAAGGCACCUCCACAAGAAAACCUAGGAUAAACUCUCAGUUGGUGGCACAACAAGUUGCCCAGCAAUAUGCAACCCCACCACCGCCUAAGAAGGAGAAGAAGGAGAAAGUGGAAAAACAAGACAAAGAAAAAACUGACAAAGAGAAGGAAAUUAGUCCAAGUGUUACAAAGAAAAACACUAACAAGAAGACUAAACCAAAGUCAGAUAUUGUGAAAGAUCCUCCUAGCGAAGCGAACAGUAUACAGUCUGGGAAUACUACAACAAAGACCAGCGACUCAAAUCACACUUCAAGACCCAGACUGAAAAAUGUGGACAGAAGUACCGCACAGCAGCUGGCAGUCACAGUGGGAAAUGUCACAGUAAUUAUCACAGACUUUAAAGAAAAGACUCGCUCUUCUUCCACGUCGUCUUCUACAGUGACCUCCAGUGCAGGAUCAGAACAACAGAAUCAGAGCAGCUCGGGCUCUGAGAGCACAGACAAGGGCUCGUCCCGUUCCUCCACGCCAAAGGGGGACAUGUCGGCAGUCAACGACGAAUCUUUCUGAAUAUUGCACAUGGAGUUGUGGAAACUAUGAAUCAGGGUAUGAAAUUCAAAACACUCCACCUGCCCAUGCUGUUUAAAUCCUGGAGAGCCUCUUCUGUGCUUGAACACACACUUUCUCGGACAUCGACCUCUUACUGAUGCAACCAGGAUAAUUUCUGCUUGCUGUGGGCAUCUGGCCACCAAGGAAUUUCUCACCCUAACGAUUACUCUUGACACUUUUAUGUAUUCCAUUGUUUUAUAUGAUUUUCCUAACAAUCAUUUAUAAUUGGAUGUGCUCCUGAAUCUACUUUUUUAUAAUAUCUGCUGUGCACAAUUUUCCAUGAACAUUACAACUUUUUGUUUUGGGGUAGGGAGUGGGUGGGGAGGGAAGGGGGCUUUAUUUAUUGCAUUCACAAACUCCAUCCUCUUUCAACAUAUCCUUUUUAAGUUCAGUUCUUCUUCCAGUUAUACUGUGUACUAUCAGUUUUGAUAUAAAUUAUAUAUAAAUAUAUAUAUAAAUAAAUAUAUAUAAAGGGUUAUUUGAAACCAAUACAUGGAAACGCUGGUGCUUGAAACACUGUGAAGUGAAAAAAAAUAAUUGAACAGUUCAAGAUCUGGGACAGUCCCCUUCUGUGAAAGUACUGAAACUGAAAUGGAACUGGUCUUAGGUUAAAAGCAUCCUGAAGGUUUGAACCUGGAUGGGACCUGUUCUCUCUGUUGUUCCUUCCCUGUUUCUUCCCAGACAAUGGCUAAAACAUACUGGACACACAGUUUUGAUUUUUAUAGCUUGGGAUCUGAAGUGAGAAACGAUUGCUCCAGGCAGCUUCUUUUUCCACUAGGGUAAUUCAGAUUGGUGAUGUGCAAGUUUGUGCCCGGCCAGAGCGUAAGCGUUCACAACCAGACUGGUGUCAGCAUGCCACGGAUUCGUCUGUUUUGGUAACGUGAGCAUUGCUAUGUCGUGCGUAGCCAAUCCCACAGCCGUUUGGUGUCUUAGAUUUAAUGAAUUUUGUCCACCUGCAUCAGUGACCAAGGUAAUGUUAGAACUGGAGCAGUUUGCUUUGGGUAGGAAGGCAGCAGGGAGCUGUAGGGCUGGGAGCGAUCGUGGGCUGAGGGAGCAAGCUGGUGCUUGUUCCAGCUGGUGGUGCAUGGGCCGGUCAUCGUAAGCCCCCUUCCGUCUGUCCUGUCCGUGCUGCUGGGUGGCUCUUCUCCUGGAAGCCCAUCCGUAUUCCAACAGCGCUUUCUGAAGAGCAUCUCGUCCAGUGAUGAUGUUGGCCUUGCCAGCAUUCGGACACUUCUGGGUCUCCUGCUGCGGGAGGAGAUGUAGGGAGAAGCUCUCAUGCUGGCAACUGAGCGACAUGCGUGGCUCGUGCUCAUGACCAGCAUCUCCUUCGUUCUUGCUCUAAAGCUAUUCAGACUGUAAUUUCUUUUCCUGGCCUGUUAGUGUUGCUUUACAGUUUACCUUCCAUGCAUUAUCCUGCUAAAACACUAGGCCGAAGAGGUGAAACAAAUAUUUUU